AUGGAGGGCACCUGGGGGGAGAGUACCUGCUGGCAGCCCUUGGUGAAGGAGGACAGAAGCCUGGUGACGUCCAGCCAUGUGGAGGUGACGACAGGGUGUGGGGAAGGGCGGGCCACGUCAGGCCACAUUGAAAAGCGGCCUGACAAGGGCAGCUUUCAUCAAGGGAAAUGUCGAGACCCUUCUGGUGGAGUGCACGAAAGAGAGCCUGCUGAAACACGUGAACCAUGUGCCGAACGCCUAGACGAUGCUGCUCUGGUGGUGCCCCCUUCCGCUUCCACAGCUCCUCAACCCCAGUCCCCUCGAACUCUGAUCUCCACCCUUUCACCAGACCUGAUGACCCCCUCAGUUUCUGAUCUUUCACCCUCACUGAGUGCCUCUCCACCACCAGAACCGCCCCUUCCCCUUGACAGUCUUUCACCCCCACCACUUGCGCUGCCCCCUCCCCCACCACAUCCCCCUGAUUCUUUUGCCAGCCUUAACCCUCCAGCAGCCUUCUCUGCCUCACCACCAUCGGACACCACUUUGACCCUUUCUCGGUGUGACUCGACGGCGAUGGCACUCCCACUGAGCUCCGCUCAGGUGAGCGCAUCUCCAGACAACUGCUGGUUGUCUUGUGUCCCAGGGAUCACAGGCCUUGACCACACAAGCCAUCCCAUUUCCACAGUUCCUUGGUGGCGUGCGGCUGCCAAGACCUUGUGCCUCUCCACCUCCAAACACUUCGAAGUCCCACAAGAGCAUACUUCCUGCCACCCACAAGAAGCCUCUGUCUGGGGAGAUGCCACAAACAGGCAGGUGGAAGCUGCGAGUUCUGUUUUCUUCGACCCUGAUGUCCAGAAGCUGCUGGAAAUACAAAUCACAAAGAGAGCAGCAUUGAAGAUUUGGAAAGAAAAAGAAAAGGAGGGAUCAGACUACCACCUGAAUUCUUUGAAGAACAUGUUGAAGACAUUUGGUGAUGAGCAGGACAUUAUACAUCCCCAGCCCUUCUGGAACACCAGUAUCAAACCAGAGCAGCUGCCCAGCCCUCAGAAGCCCCUGCACCCUGAGGCCCUGGGGGACCGUUUACAGCAGAAAUACAGCCAGCUCUUCUGGGGCCUCCCCUUUCUGCAUAGUGAGUCUCUGGUGGCUACUGUCAGGGUCUCUGGUUCCACACUAGAGCUUCCCUCUCUUUUAUUCAAUGGAAUCUCUAAUGCCUUACCAAUUCAAAAGCAAGCUAAAGAAUCCCCACUGUUUUUGCAACCUCAACCCUUGCCCGAUCCUGAGGCCCAAUCCCAACUUUUGACUCCAACCAUGCCUCCACCCCAGGCCCCUAUCCUGACCCAGGCCCAUCCUCAAUCCUCUGUCCCAACUGCACUACCUUCUUCUACUUCUCGGACUAGGGCCUGUGAAGAAUCCUGCCUUACAAUCCCAAAUGAGGCCCAAUCACCCAUCCCAAAUGUGAUUUGGUAUCUGGAAUGUCACUUUUUGAAGAAACAAAUGGAAAGUGAGAGUUCUUUACCCUCUAUGGUCCAAAGAUCUCAGGCAGCUCUUAGUUCUCUCAGUCUCAUUCUUCCCCAGGACAGUUGGGCCUCCCAGACCCACAAGUCAGACUCCAUCCUUCCUGGGGAUUUUAUCAGCCCAGAGCUCCGGAAACAACUGGAGCAACACCUCCAAGAAAGGUUCACCCAACAGCAGUGGGGUGUUCCCAGUAGGAUCCAAGAGUCUCUGGAGCUGAUGCAGCCUCUGGGAAAAUUACCAGGGACAUGUCAGGCAAAGGACCAGCAUGGACUCUCACGGCCAUCUGUACAUCCAGGCAAGAGCAGGAAGAACAUAAAGAAAUCCAGGCACCCAGGGAGAUCCAGACACUCAGGAAGCUUCCAUGCCUGCCACAGGGCAAAUACACAGCUAGAGAAGGACCUGGCCAAGGAUCUGAGGCAUAGUCUGAGGAAGGUCCCAAAAUAUAAUACAUCCCAGGGAUCAGAAAACUCCCCAGUGAGGGUUCUAGGGGCAGACUCUGAGGAGUCAGAAAGGGAGUUGAUGAGGCAAUCGGGGAUUGACUCAGGAAAUUACAAACUAAGGGACUCAAACAAGAAACAACUAGAAAACACCCUGACAGUCCAUUUGGGCAGGAAGUUGGAGCAGAUUAUAGAAGGUCAGAUCCCUGUGAGUGUACGCCGUUCCUGGUUUGCUGCCAGUCAUACUUUGCCCAAGUCUGACACUCACGUAGAAAUUGGAAAUCUGGCAUUCUUGCAAGCUCAGGCACAUCGCAUGAACACCACACAGGAGCUUCCAUUUUUUGAUCCAGGCACCCUACAGAUGCUAGAAGCACAUAUGUCAAGGUUUCGGAUGAGGCACAGGUGGUGCCUACCCCUCAAAGCCCUUGAGCCCAUAAAUCUCUUUAAGACAAGAAAGGCCCACUCCUCACCUCUUCUGCAGUCUGCUUUUCCCUGCUCAGCCACCCAUGAAUCUUGGGCAGACUUAAGAGCUGAGGCUGACAAGUUCCUGGGAGAAAACCCCCAGUCAGGCUUGGGAGAAAAGGUGACACCAAGAAAGCCAGUCCCCACUCUGGAGAGUCCUCUCCCUGCACCCUCACCUGUAGGUAAAGAACUCCAGGGGUCUCUGAGACAAACACCACCUGACAAUGACCCUAGGCCCUCAGAGGUGGCUCAAAGUGGUCAGGAGGGCAGGCAGCCUUUUCAGCCCCUCACACCCAGCAUUGUGGGCAGAGCCUCAGAGAGCAGGACUGUCCUGGGGGCCCAGAGGGGCAGCCUAGAGCCGACUAGAAGUCAGUCAGUGACCAGGAAGGAGCCAGGGGAGGAGAGUAGGAGUUAUGCCCUAGGAGGCCCCUGCCCUAGUGUAGCAAGGUUGGAGAUGAGCUAUGAAUCCCAAUCUUCAGGGGCUGAAGAGACCAGGGAGAUGGUGGUGGUCAAGAGGUCCUCAGAGCUACAGCUACAAGAUAGAGACGUCUUGAGAACCAGUGUGCUGGCAAAAUCCCAAAACAUAAAUGUGGAUCUGAGGGGUUUAGGAGCUCCAGGAACUAGUAAAAGCCAAGUGGAGGUAGGUACAGAGAAUGGGCCUCAAGGGUGUCCCACUGACUUGCUACUUCAAGACUGUGCCACUGAUGUGCUCCUUGCCUCAGACAUCUUGGCCUCUCGGGCCUCUCACUCCUGUCCCCAGGGUAUGUCCAGUACAAACAUGCCGGUUUCUCAGGUGUUAAGUGACCUUAUGGUGGCUGGAAAGAGCAGCCUGGGGCAUCAGGAGCCCAAGAUCCCAAACCUUUGGAACACAUGGAAGAGCCAGAGCAAGAUUUCUGCCCCCACUGAUGAGAGAAAGGAUUUUAAGAGGCGCAAACCAAAAGAGCAUGAAGAGAGGCUGGCAGGAUUAGGGGCCUCUCCAGCCAGUGGGAUGAGCCAGCCUGCCCAGGAUAAGACUUUGGUAGAGUCCCUUAGGAUCAAGUCCUCCCAGGCCCCACCAGAGAAGGGACAGGCUCUUGCAGAAGGUCACUUCAAAAAAAGGAUGAAGCACUUUCUCCAGUGGAUUUUCCCCAACAAAAAGGACAAAGGGCAGGAUGGUCACCCACAAAAAGAAAAACCUAUAUCAGCCUCUGGCCAGAGCUGUGGGCUAGUCAAAAGCAAAUCAGUCUUUAUGGACAGGGGGGCUGCCGAGGCUCAGGCGCUCAUGACAGCUGUUGGCCAAAUUCUAGAGGAGAAAAUGGCACUUCAACAAGGACUUCAUGCCUCGAAGUUAAGUUCACAAAAAGAAAUUCAGGCCCCAGUCCUUGGACCGUCCUCCCACCACAGAGCUCCCUACUCAGAGCACGGGAGAGUGAUGAGUGAUACAGCUUGCCAUCACAAACGCACCCCUGAGGGCCAGAGUCAUCCUACCAGGAACAGGUGGAUCAGGGACAGCUGCAGAAGUCUCUGGAAGAGCAUGGGAUUCAAGACCAGCAAUCGGUCAUUGCCCACCGGGAAGCCCAUGUCCCCAGUCAGUUCCCAGCAUGUACCAAGGACAUGGGGUGCCUUGGACCACCCUCACCACUGCCCACGUCACUGCCUUCGGGAAUAUGUCUUGUCUGGUCAACUGGAACAGGCUUCUGCAGCCCUUCUUAGUAGGAAAACUAUCCAAGAAAACAUUCAGUCUGUGCCAGAUUAG